AGUCCCUGCAGUGGCUGUAACAAAACCCAGACCCCCAAGUCUGGGCCAAUGGAGGCGAUUUAGACUGGAGCAGGACCGCGUCUGUCAAAAGCUUUACGCGGCUGCUGCGGCGGAGUCCAGAAGGAGAGCUGGAGCCGACGCGCUGCCUCCCGCCCCCGCCGGGAUUUAUUAUUUGGACUGGACGAUUAAGUGGCCCUGAUGAUGUUACCAAGCCCGGUCACCUCCACCCCUUUCUCAGUAAAAGACAUUUUGAAUCUGGAGCAGCAACAGCAACAGCACUUCCACGGCGCGCACUUGCAGGCGGACUUGGAGCACCACUUCCACUCGGCGCCCUGCAUGCUGGCUGCCGCCGAGGGAACACAGUUUUCUGACGAAGGGGAGGAGGAUGAGGAAGAAGAGGGCGAGAAAUUGGCCUAUUUUUCUGCAGCCGAUGACCACGGGGAUUCGGGACUCUGUCCCCAAAGCUAUGUUAACACGGUCCUGCGAGACUCCUGCAGUGGGCCCAAGGAACAUGAAGAGGAGCCCGAGGCAGUGAGAGACCGGAGCCAAAAAAGCUGCCAGCUGAAGAAGCCGGCGGAGGUGGUGGGAGACGGUAAGGCGGCGGAGGAGAGCGAGAGGCCCAAGCCGCGCAGUCGCCGGAAGCCGCGGGUCCUCUUCUCGCAAGCCCAGGUCUUCGAGCUGGAACGCAGGUUCAAGCAGCAGCGGUACCUGUCGGCGCCCGAGCGCGAGCACCUCGCCAGCAGCCUGAAGCUCACGUCCACGCAGGUGAAGAUCUGGUUCCAGAAUCGCAGGUACAAGUGCAAGAGACAGCGGCAGGACAAGUCCCUGGAGCUGGGCGCACACGCGCCCCCGCCGCCGCCGCGCCGCGUGGCUGUGCCGGUGCUGGUGCGGGACGGCAAGCCGUGCGUCACGCCGGGCGCUCAAGCGUACGGGGCGCCCUACAGCGUGGGCGCCGGCGCCUACUCCUACAACACCUCGGCCGCCGCCGCAGCCAUGCAGCCAGCCUGCAGCGCGGCCGGAGGGGGCCCCUUUAUGAACGUGAGCAACCUGGGCGGCUUUGGCGGGGGUGGCGGCGCGCAGCCCUUGCACCAGGGUGCCUCGGCCGGGGCCGCGUGCGCGCAGGGCACCUUGCAGGGCAUCCGGGCCUGGUAG